AUGGCGGCCGACAACAGCAACGCGGAACAGAGGUUCGCUCUCAUCAAGGAGAACCUGGCCGAGUUCCUCAAUGAGGAGAUCAUCAAGAAGGUUGUUGAUGAGGGGGGCCAUCCCAAGAUUUACUGGGGCACGGCAACCACGGGCCGCCCUCACUGCGGCUACCUCGUCCCCGCCAUCAAGAUGGCCCAGUUCCUCGCCGCCGGCUGCGAGCUGACGGUCCUCCUCGCCGACAUCCACGGCUUCCUCGACAACCUCAAGGCCCCCCUCGAGCUGGUAAUGCACCGGGCCGAGUUUUACCGCUACACCAUCUCCACCCUCCUCGGCGCCGUCGGCGUCUCGACCGAGAAGCUCAAGAUUGUGCUCGGGUCGUCGUACCAAAAGUCGGCCGAGUACGUCAUGGAUGUGUACAAGAUGGCCUCGAUCAUUUCGGAGCAUGACGCGAAAAAGGCGGGCGCGGAGAUUGUCAAGCAGACGGAUAACGCGCCGCUGAGUGGGCUGCUGUACCCGAUUUUGCAGGUGUUGGAUGAGCAGUAUCUUGAUGUGGAUGCGCAGUUUGGUGGGGUCGAUCAGAGAAAGUUGUUUAUUGCUGCGAAGGAGUGGUUGCCCAAGUUGGGUUACAAGGAGAGGGCGCAUUUGAUGAACCCGAUGGUGCCUGGGUUGCAUGGGGGGAAGAUGAGCUCGAGUGAUCCGGAUAGCAAGAUUGACUUGUUGGACUCGCCGGAGACGGUGGCUAAGAAGAUCAAGAAGGCGCAUGCGGCGCCGCAGGUGACGGAGGAUAAUGGGUUGUUGGCUUUUAUUGAGUAUGUGCUGCUGCCGGCGAGCGGGUUGAGGGGGAAGAAGGAGUUCAAGGUGGAGAGGGAGAGGGAUGGGUUGGAGACGUUGGUUUAUGAGGAUAUUGAGAAGAUCAGGGAGGAUUACAAGAAUGAUAUCUUGACGCCACAAUUGAUCAAGCCUGCGAUCACAAGAGACUUGAACGCUCUUUUGGCACCUAUCCAGGAGGCGUUCAAGAACAACAAGGAGUGGCAGGAGAUUGCCGAGAAGGCCUACCCUCCUCCACCAAAGAAGGAGAAGAAGGUCAAGAACAAGGGGACACGCUACCCCGGCGGUGGCAAGCCUGAGGAGAAGGCGUUGCCAAUGAGGACAAACGGUGAUGCGCCUGCCGAAGCUACGGAGGCUGCUCCAUCUGCUCAAUAG